GCCCGGCGGAGCCCGCGGAGCGGCCGUGGCAGGAGCACGAACCGGAGCGCCGCCGCGCCGGCACCCGGAGAUGCCCUGCAUCCAGGCCCAGUGCAGCACCACGGGCGCCGGCCCCUGCGAGCGCUGCCCGGCCGAGCUGCUCAGCCCCGAGGGCGGCCGAUUCCCCAUGGAAGUGGCCGGAGCCGAUCUGGCGGCCGCCGCUCCAGCCCUGCCCAGCUUCAGCACCUUCAUGGACGGCUACGCCGGCGAGUUCGACGCCUUCCUCUACCAGCUGCCCGCCAGCGGCCAGCCCAGCGCCGCCACCGCCUUCAAGCUGGAGGAUUUCCAGGUGUACGGCUGCUACCCCAGCGCUUUUGGGGGGCAGCCGGACGAGACCCUGUCCUCCAGCGGCUCGGACUGCUACGGGAGCCCCUGCUCCAUCCCCUCGCCCGCCACGCCCGGCUUCCAGCCCCCGCCGGCCGCGGCAUGGGAGGGCUCCUUCGGGCCGUACUCGCCGCUGCCGAACUACGAGGCCGGGCAGCCCUGGGCUGAGCCAGCCAAGAGUGGGGGGUCUCAGCCUCCCUUUUUCGCCUUCAGCCCCCCGGCGCCCAGCCCUGCUGGCUCCCCGGCGACCCUCAAGGGGCAGCUGGGCCCCUCGCCCCGUGUGGACCCGCGGCUGCUGGACACGGACGCGUUUCCCCCGAGCCAGGGGGGUCCCAGGGGGUUCGGGGGGCUGCCCUUGGCUCCCAGCUCGCCGCUGCUGGAGGGGCCCAGCAAGGUGCGCAGCCCCGGGGCGGGCGAGGGGCGCUGCGCCGUCUGCGGGGACAACGCGUCGUGCCAGCACUACGGCGUGCGCACCUGCGAGGGCUGCAAGGGAUUCUUCAAGCGCACAGUGCAGAAGAACGCCAAGUACAUCUGCCUGGCCAACAAGGACUGCCCUGUGGACAAGCGGCGCAGGAACCGCUGCCAGUUCUGCCGCUUCCAGAAGUGCCUGGCCGUGGGCAUGGUCAAAGAAGUGGUCCGGACCGACAGCCUGAAGGGGAGGCGGGGCCGGCUGCCCUCCAAGCCCAAGCAGCCGCCGGAUGCGUCCCCCGUCAGCCUCAUCACCUCGCUGGUGCGGGCUCACAUCGACUCCAUCCCCAGUGCCACCAAGCUCGACUACUCCAAGUUCCAGGAGUCAGCCCCGUGCCCGUUUGAGAAGGAGGACUCGGUGGACGUGCAGCAGUUCUACGACCUCCUCACCGGCUCCAUGGACGUCAUCCGCAAGUGGGCCGAGAAGAUCCAGGGCUUCAGCGAGCUGCCCAAGGAGGACCAGGACCUCCUGCUGGAGUCAGCCUUCCUGGAGCUCUUCAUCCUUCGCCUGGCGUACCGCUCCAAGCCAGAGGAAGGCAAACUCAUCUUCUGCAACGGCGUGGUGCUGCACCGGCAGCAGUGCGUGCGCGGCUUCGGCGAGUGGAUCGACGCCAUCCUCGAGUUCUCCCAGAGCCUGCACCGCAUGAGCGUCGAUGUCCCCUCCUUCUCCUGCCUCGCCGCCCUCGUCAUCAUCACAGGUGAGAUCCUCCCAGCUCCAGGCUUGUCGCUGUCCCCAUCGCCACCUGGCGUCUGUCCCCGCCGUCCCUCCCACACGCUGUCUGUCCCCGCAGACCGGCACGGCCUGAAGGAGCCCAAGCGGGUGGAGGAGCUGCAGAACCGCAUCGUGGGCUGCCUCAAGGACCACGUGGCGGCAGCAGGGCCCGAGCCCGGCCGCUCCAGCUGCCUCUCCAAGCUGCUGGGCAAGCUGCCCGAGCUGCGCAGCCUCUGCACCCAGGGCCUCCAGCGCAUCUUCUACCUCAAGCUGGAGGAUCUGGUGCCGCCGCCACCCAUCGUGGACAAGAUCUUCAUGGACACUCUGCCUUUCUGAGUCCCCGGCAAGGGGCUGCCAUGAGCCCCUGACCUGCCUGGGGACAUCUGGGACCCGCCCUGGGUAACCCUGGUUCAGUCCAAGGAUGCCUGGGAACCCUCUGGGCAUCCCUGGGAUGCCUGGAACAUCCCCUGGGUACCCCUAGAUCAGCCCUGGGAUGUCUGGGACCCUCCCUGGGUGACCCCCAGAAUGCCCAAAAACCACCUGGGGUAUCCCUGGAUCACUCCCGGGACGCCUGGAACCUGCCCUGGUCACUCCUGGAUCAGUUCUGGGAUGCCCAGGACGCCCCUGUGGACUCCUGAACGACCUCUGGGACACCUGGGACCCCCCCCCAGGCCAUUCCCAAGAUUCCAUGCAUACCCCUGGAUCACCCCCAGAACCCCUGGAACCCCCUCCUGGGUCAUCCACAGGAUGUCUGGCACCCCCUGGGCACCCCAAAUCGCUCCUGGGAUGCCUGGGACCACCCCUGCAUCACUCCAGGGAUGCCCGGGAUCACUCCCAGGAUAUCUGGAACAUCCCCUGGGUACCCCUAGAUCAGCCCUGGGAUGUUUGGGACGCCCCCUGGGUGACCCUCAGAAUGCCCAAAAACCACCUGGGCAUCCCUGGAUCACUCCUAGGAUGCCUGGAGCCCCCUCCUGGGUCAUCCACAGGAUGCCUGGCACCCCCUGGGCACCCCUAGGUCGCUCCUGGGAUGCCUGGGACCACCCCUGCUUCACUCCAGGAAUGUCUGGGAUCCCCUGGAUCACCCCCAGAACCCCUGGAACCCCCUCCUGGGUCAUCCACAGGAUGUCUGGCACCCCCUGGGCACCCCUAGGUCGCUCCUGGGAUCCCUGGGACCACCCCUGCAUCACUCCAGGGAUCCCUUGGGUCACUCCCAGGAUAUCUGGGUCCCCCCCUCAGAUGCCUGAGUCUUCUUGGGGGCACUUUUUGGGGUGCCCCACGUGCCUUCACGGCUCAGGGCGCUGCCUCCCAGCAGCCCCGGUGCCGUCUUCCCCGGGGGCAUCGCCGGCGCGGUGCCCUCCUCCCCUGUAAAAACGCCCCUGAUGUAAAUAGCGCCGGCCGGGUCCUGUACAGAGCGGGGGGCAUGAGCGAGGAGUGGCUCCGGCCCCCUCAACCCCCCCUUUAUAUAUAUUUUUCUGAUUUUCCCUCUUUUUGGCCAUUUUCUGUAUAUAAACUUGUCCGUACAGUGAGA